UGUAUUUAAUUAUGAUUAGGAACCCGAUAGUUGAGAAUUAUACGUCUACCUAUCAAAGUGAUGGCGAAGACAACAUCAUGGAUACUGUAUAUCUUCUUGGCUGUCGUCUCAACUCUAGCAUGGGUACAUGGUGAAACUAACUUGUCUAGGUGUUUUUAUGAAGGUGGAGUUUAUGAGCAACACGUAGUAUUCCCGGUUAUUGAUGAUGAAUGCAACAGUUGUCGGUGUACAGAAUCUGGAACCGUUACCUGUACCAAUUUCAAUUGCAGUGAAUGUAUGUUCAACGGAACACUUUACCAAUCAUGGAACAUCAAUGCAUUUAAUGCUACCGAUGAUUGUAACGAGUGUCAUUGUACGAAAUCUGGAACCUGGUGUACCAAAUUCGUGUGUUGUACGUACAACGGUACACUUUACCGCGAAGGAGAUGUGCUCCCAGCGCCAGAUGAUUGUAACAGUUGUUGGUGUGUAAGUCAUGGACGCGUAUCAUGUUCCGAUACCUUUUGCUAUUUCUGCGGAUACAACGACUUGGGUGGUCCCCUCCGACCUGGGGAUACAUUUACUGCUUCCGAUGGUUGUAAUACUUGCCAAUGUCUCCGAGAUGGAACGACAAAUUGUAGUGACUAUAAAUGCUGUAGGUAUGGCGGUACACCUUACCAAGCAGGGGAACUGUUUCGAGCCACAGAUGGUUGUAACACUUGUCGGUGUAUGGAAGUUGGAACGGUAUCUUGCACUAAAUUCAAUUGCGAUGACUGUCUGUACGACGGCACUCUUUAUCAACCAAAGGAAAUAUUUAGAGCUACCGAUGGUUGUAAUCAUUGCAUGUGUUUGGAAUCAAGAACCAUACAAUGCACAGACAUGGCUUGCAAUAACUGCCUGUACGACGGUAAACUUUACAAACCAGGGGACAAAUUUAAUGCUACCGAUGGUUGUAACACUUGUUGGUGUUCGGAAAAUGGAACCGUACCAUGCACCGAAAUUGCCUGCAUCAAUUGUCUGUACAACGGUACACGUUACCAACCAGGGGAUAACUUUAAUGCUACCGAUGGCUGUAACACUUGCCAAUGUCUCCCAGAUAGAAGUGUGGCAUGCACGGAUGUCGUGUGCAUUAACUGUAUGUACAACGGUACAAGUUACCAUCUAGGCGACUCGUUCCCGGGCUCCGAUGGCUGCAACACGUGCGGGUGUCGAAGCGAUGGCUCAAUAGUCUGCACGGAAACUGCUUGCUAGACCACCCAAUAAAUAACAUAUAUAAAGUAA